UCGAUCUUGACGCAAAGGGCACACAUAUUAAGUCAAGAUGAUGAGAACUAGCAUACGUAACAUCUCGAAGACGGCCAUUUCAUGUGUCAAGUAUGAACCAAUACCAAUCAAUCAAUACAACCAGGCCAGGUCGGCAUUCAACAUCAAACCUAAGAAGACCCAAGGAUUAGUCCACAAUCCACCAGCUGCCAUUUCAAAGCCAUCAAUGAAGACACCCAAAGCAUUUUUACCAGAGUCUGACCCAAGACGAAACCUUCCAAACGCCAACGAAUUCACCAAGGAACAGUUGGAGAACUAUCCAGUCAUUAAUAGAUAUGAAGCCCAAGGCAACAGAAGCUAUGAAGUGACACCAGAAAUUGUCGAGAAAAUAGUAGCAUUGAGAUCCCAGGAUCCUAAAGUCUGGACCAUCAGCAAAUUAAGUAAGGAAUUCAACAUCGACCAAAGGAAGGUCAAUGUCUUCACUGGAAUGUUGAAGGAGAAGGUGAACCAGGAGGAAGGAUUGAACGAGAGACAACUUUUGAGAAGAUCUGAAAUGAAGAAGAGAACUCAAUUGUGGUUGAGAGGUGAAUUUUAAACUUGUACAUAGAUUGUUUAAAGAAGGUGUAAUAAUACAUAGAACCACACGAAUCAAAAGGAUUUGACGGAGACAUGUGCCCCGUGGAAGCUGCAUAGCAC